AGAUUUUAUAUUGCAAUUUGAAAAUGUCGAGUCGUGGAAAAGGAGACAAGGGUUUGGGCAAGGGGGAAUUGACAAUUCGUCAGUUGGCUCGCAGGGGCAGUGUGAAGCGAAUCAGCGACCUAAUCUACGAGGAGACCCAUGGUGUCCUAAAGAUCUUCCUGGAGAACGUGAUUCGCGACGCUGUGACCUACAUGGAGCAUGCUCAAAGGAAGACCGUGACAGCCAUGGACGUGGUCCAUGCACUCAAGAGACAGAGAAGGACUCUGUAUAGGUUCGAAGGUUAGGUUUAUGGCUGUAAAAAGUCUUGCUGUCAAGAAAAAGCAACCAAACAAAUGGAUGGUCGUGUUUUUUUCUUUUGCAAUUAGGUGGGAAAAAUUGUGGUUUCUAGGAUUUGUAUUCUGGUUGUGGUCCUUGUAAAUCAACCUUCGAAUGGAAUUUUCUGAAUAUUCAAUGCAAAAAAAAAAAAAAAAAAAAAACUAGU